GUGGGAUGGGUGGCUCUGCAAGCAGAUCCAGGUGGGGCAUCCUGGCACCUCCCACUGGGACUGGCUCCCUUCCCCACCCAGGAAGCUACCAGUCUUGUCGGACUCGUCCAGCCCCAGAGGGAUGGGUGCUGGUCCUGGGUCUCAGUCCGGGAUCCUCCCAGGUGUGGCCAGCACCAUGGACACCGCACUGGCUCUGCUGCUCUUUCUGCUCCUGGCCUCCAGAGUAGGGGUCCUCGCCCUCAGAGCCUCCUCUGGAAUCCAGAAAACCAACAUCUCCUCGGACUCCAAAAGCUCUCCCCAGGGUUCGAAAGUUCCAUCCAUCAAACUCCCCAGCAGGAAAUUUCCGGAUCAGUCUCCAGAUUCCAAAGCCUCUGCUGAGGUCCCUCAUUCCGAAUGGUCCCCUGAGGCCCUGAAUUCCAGUGACAUGCCUGGGUCCUUCUGGUCAAACGUCUCUGCCGAGAGCCACAGUCUGAAUCUGGGGCCCUUCUCUGGAAUCCCCGGUUCCGAAGUAUUUCCAGAUACCUUGGGUUCUCAAGUUCCUACCAGAAGCCCAGGGGCUCCCAUUUCUUCUGUUAAGACUCCGGCUUCCAACACUGCUGCUCAAGUCCCCUCUACUAAAGCCUCUCAAGAGACCUCAGUUCCAAAAUUCUCCUCUGAGGACUUGGAUCUUGAAUUCUCUGCCCAGAGCCUGGAUUCCCAAGUUCCUGCAGAAGCCCCCCGAGGAGCGAGCUUCCCUUCGAAGGUGGAAGGGCCUCUCUCAGUGCUGGUGGGGACCAACCUCCAGCUCCCCCUGGUUCCAGUGCCCAGCCCUGGCCCUCCUGCCCCUCUGGUGGUUUGGCGCCAAGGUUCCAAGGUGCUGGCAGCAGGGGCCCUGGGGCCAGGGGCCCCUCUGAUCAGCCUGGACCCCACUUACCGAGAUCGCCUACGAUUUGACCAGGCCCGAGGGGGGCUGGAGCUCACCUCCACCCAGCUCAAGGAUGCCGGCGUCUACACAGCUGAGGUCAUCCGGGCCGGGGUCUCCCGGCAGAUUCGGGAGUUCACGGUGGCUGUGUUUGAGCCCCUGCCCAAGCUGUCGGUGCAGCCCCAGGCUCCGGAGACAGAAGAGGGGGCAGCCGAGCUCCGGCUACGCUGCAUGGGGUGGGAGCCGGGUCGCGGGGAACUGAGCUGGACCCGGGACGGACGCGCCCUGGAGGCAGCAGACCCCGAGGGAGCAGAACCACCCCGGAUCCGAACAGAGGGCGACCAGCUGCUCAUCGCGCGCCCUGUGCGCAGCGACCACGCCCGGUACACCUGUCGCGUCCACAGUCCCUUCGGCCACACGGAGGCCGCGGCCGACGUCAGUGUUUUCUAUGGCCCGGAUCUGCCGGUCAUCACCAUCUCCUCGAACCGUGACGCCGACCCCGCCCUUUAUGUCACCGCGGGCAGCAACGUGACCCUACGCUGCACCGCCGCCUCGCGGCCACCGGCCGACAUCGCGUGGAGCCUGGCUGAUCCUGCGGAGGCCGCUGUGCCCGCCGGCCCGCGCCUCCUACUCCCCGCGGUCCGGCCGGGCCAUGCGGGCGCCUACGCCUGCCUCGCCGCGAACCCGCGCACUGGGCGCCGCCGCCGUUCUCUGCUCAACCUCACGGUGGCUGAUCUGCCCCCCGGGUCCCCACAGUGCUCAGUCGAAGGGGGUCCUGGGGACCGCAGCCUCCGCUUCCGCUGCUCUUGGCCCGGCGGGGUCCCUGCGGCCUCCCUGCAGUUCCAGGGUCUUCCCAAAGGCGUCCGGGCGGGGUCUGAGUCCUCUGCGCUCCUGGCGGUCGUCCCCGCCCACCCCCGGCUCAGUGGCGUCCCCGUCACCUGCCUUGCUCGCCACCUGGUGACCACGCGCACCUGCACUGUCACCCCGGAGGCUCCUCGAGAGGUGCUCCUGCAUCCGAUGGUGGAGACACGGUCAGGGGAGGCAGAGGUGGCGCUGGAGGCCUCUGGCUGUCCCCCACCCUCUCGAGCAUCCUGGGCUCGGGAAGGGCGGCCCCUGGCCCCCGGAGGUGGGGGGCGCCUGCGGCUCAGCCAGGACGGGCGGAGGCUCCUCAUCAGCAACUUCAGCCUGGACUGGGACCUGGGAAAUUACUCCGUGCUGUGCAGUGGGGCACUGGGUGCUGGGGGCGACCACAUCACUCUCCUUGGACCUUCCAUCUCCUCAUGGAGGCUGCAGAGAACCCAGGAUGCAGCGGUGCUGACCUGGGAUGUGGAGCGUGGGGCCCUGAUCAGCGGCUUUCAGAUCCAGGCUCGGUCCGAGGGCCCUGAUCUGGGCAGAGCCACCGCCUCCAGGGACUGGGUCUCCCUGCUCAUCCUGGGACCUCGGGAGCGUUCAGCCGUGGUGCCCCUCCCUCCCCGGAACCCGAGGGCCUGGGUCUUUCGGAUCCUGCCCAACCUGGGAGGCCAGCCAGGGACCCCAACCCAGAGCCGGGUCUACCAGGCCGGCCCCACCCUCAGCCCUGGGACCAUCGCUGGUAUCGUCCUGGGUUCCCUACUGGGCCUGGCGCUCCUAGCAGCACUUCUCCUCCUGUGCAUCUGCUGUCUGUGCCGAUUUCGAGGACAGACUCUUAAGAAAAAGAAGCAACCCCCUACCUUGAGCCCUGUAUUCCCUCUCCCGGAAAAGAAGUUGCAGAGCGUGACCCCCUUGCAGACCGCAAGGCCUCCGCCCUUCGAAGUCCCACUGGAGGACCCUAGCCCACCCGGGGCCCUCCCAGCCACUGGCCCCCGUCCAGUCGUCUCUCCAGGCGGGGGCCCCAAGGCUGUUCGGGCAGCCACGCAGGUGUGACCAAGGCCAGCGGGCGGCUCCACGUGGGACUCUGGGGGCGGGACUUCCUGUUUUGCCCCAGCAGCCGUCGGGGCCUUCGUGCCCCACUGUGGCUGAAGCUUGGACCCGGAAAGGGGGACUUCUGGCUUCUCUCUCAGCGCAGAAGACAGCUCCCUGUAUUUGUGCAACCAAGGAGAUGGGACCCCUGGGCUGGGAGAGACUCCUGCUGAUGUAAUGACGGUGGUUUGCCCAAGCUUCGAGAAGGCCAGACAGGCAGGAUCUGCGACCGACCAGCAGGGCUGGCUACGCUGCUCUGAGCGCAAGAGGGCGCCCUGCCUCAUUCUCUGAAAGGCGCUUCCUACAGCCACAUUUUCCUCCUCCAGCACCCCCCCAUCCAGCUCUCAGUCUUCGUCUUAGAUCAGAUCACGUCCUUCUUCUCUUUAAACCUUUGUGGCUGCCUGUGGCCCUGGAGAUACUGUUCAAAUUCCUCAUCGUGACCUUGAAAGCCAUGUGGUUUGACCUCUGUCAGCCUCUCUGUCCUCCCGUCCAGUACUUUCAUCCCUGCUUCUCUCCACCAAGCUUUAUUUUGCUUCCAGGCCUUUCCUCCUGGAGUUUAUUCCCUGAAGCGGCUUUCUUUUUGCUCUGUGUCAUUCAUUUCUCAAAUGCAAAGGUAACCGUUA